UAACGUGCACUCUGCACUCUACUAAGCGCUAGUGUACGUACGUACGUACUCCGUCCGCUGCUAUAUUAUGGCCGGCCGUGGCGUGCCCUCUCUAGCCAGCACAGCACACACACUGGAAAGUGCAAGCUGUAGUGAGACCUGCGCGACUGCCAGCGUGUAUCCGCGCGGCAAGGAGCGUAGCGCGCGGUCGUCGGCCCGCACGGCCACCAACUCCCUUGGACGCACGCGCGCGCGCGACCAGCUGCUAACCGUGCGCAAGUAGUAGUGCGACUUCGCCGCCGGCCGGGAUCGCUAGCUCGAUCGAUCGGCGGGACCACAUACGACUCCGGUGUGGCCAGCGGCGGCCGGGCCGGGGAACGCACGUGCUGCGAGCGAGCGAGGGCAGACGCUAGCUGUUGCCGGGAGCUAGCCGGCGCGCGAUGGGGAGGGCGCCGUGCUGCGAGAAGGUGGGGCUCAAGCGAGGGAGGUGGACGGCGGAAGAGGACCAGUUACUUGCCAACUACAUUGCGGAGCACGGCGAGGGGUCCUGGAGGUCGCUGCCCAAGAAUGCAGGCCUGCUCCGGUGCGGCAAGAGCUGCCGGCUCCGGUGGAUCAACUACCUUCGGGCGGACGUCAAGAGGGGGAACAUCUCCAAGGAGGAAGAAGACAUCAUCAUCAAGCUCCACGCCACCCUCGGCAACAGGUGGUCCCUGAUCGCCAGCCACCUCCCCGGCCGAACAGACAACGAGAUCAAGAACUACUGGAACUCGCACCUCAGCCGGCAGAUCCACACGUACCGCCGGAAAUACACCGCCGGGCCUGACGACACCGCCAUCGCCAUCGACAUGAGCAAGCUGCAGAGCGCCGACAGGCGGCGCGGCGGCAGGACCCCGGGCCGGCCGCCGAAGGCUAGCGCCAGCAGGACCAAGCAGGCGGACGCCGAUCAGCCCGGCGGCGAGGCGAAAGGCCCGGCCGCGGCGGCGUCGAGCCCGCGGCACAGCGACGUGGUGAACCCGGGCCCGAACCAGCCCAACAGCAGCAGCGGCAGCACGGGCACGGCCGAGGAGGAGGGGCCCAGCAGCGAGGACGCGAGCGGGCCGUGGGUGCUGGAGCCGAUAGAGCUCGGGGACCUAGUCUGGGGGGAGGCCGACAGCGAGAUGGACGCCCUGAUGCCUAUCGGGCCCGGCGGCCACGACUCGGCUGCCCUCGAAGGGCUUGGCGCGGUCGGCUGCGAGGCCCAGGUGGACGACCUGUUCGACAUGGACUGGGAUGGCUUCGCGGCCCAUCUGUGGGGCGGGCCGGAGCAGGACGAGCACAGCGCGCAGCUGCGGCAGGCCGCCGAGCCGCUGGAAGUUGCUGCUGCUGCUGCUGCUGCUGCGACGGCGGCCCGCACCCCGGACGAUCGCGAGCUGGAGGCGUUCGAGACUUGGCUCCUGUCCGACUCGUUCUGACGGCUCCGGUCACCGGACCGAUCAGACAGACCAACCAAGGUGGCCCGGCCAUAUGGUCGACGCCGCUAGUAGGCGUUGCUCGUGUGUACAGUUUUUUUUUCUUUUUUGUAGAUUUUGUUCUUAGCUCUUGCUGUUUCGUGUAUGGCAUGUAGAAUAGAGAGCAGAGAGUCGUAUGGCAUUGUAAAGGUAGUUCUCCCGCCGGUGAAGUGAAGACCAAUAAAAAAAAAGCAGCGCAGCAGUAGGCGCUGCUGCAGCCUGCACGGCGGCGUUUUGGCAGCGCGUGCUUUGGCUUUUUGUGAACAGUGAUGGGAAUGUUGUUCCUUCUGCCCUGAGUCCUGACCGACAGUCUCCUCGUUGGAGAAGAAUGUACGCGGAGACCCGGCGACAGAACGAAUGAGUGAGCAGCGCUGGACUGUCUCCGAGCUGUGAAAGCAUGAAUCAGUGCGCCGAACUUUCACUGCUCUGCUAGGCACUUGCUACUCCAACUGUUACAACAAGCACCCAUCUGCGCUGCGCUCGUGGGCAUAGUGAGACCCAUUCCUCCUUCAACCAAGGGGAUAGUAGCCGACAGCAAGCAAUGACACAUGGUUUUCGUGUCCACGCGGAAAAGGCCAGUCAGUAGUACCGUGUACUGCGUACAACCUGAUAAGCUCUGCUCAGCGGGACUCACAGUGCAUGUCGCCCGACGCUUUCGCCGUCGGCGUGGGUAACCAUUCACCAAGCACUUCACGUAUUGCCUGGCGAUCAUAUCAUAUCAAGCAGGUCGUCGGUACACACGACGGCGGGCAAAAAUGAAGGCAGGAUUCGAAGCGACGACGCCUCUGCCCGAGCACGUUCUCCCGUCGUCAGGUCUCGCUCGGCAGCACUGCACACCGCCAGUGGCCCGGCUCCAUGCCGGCCCAACCCAACUGCGAACUGUCAACUGCCUGCCUUGUAUUCCGGUCCGCGUUCGGUUCGGUGGCCUGUCAGUGUCCGCGGCA